AUGGCCGCGACGACGGACGGUGUGCCAAAGCGAAAGAAAUCGCUGAACAUCAAGGAUGCACGUAUCGCCGGGCUCUACGAUUUGGAGCAGACGAUUGGCCAGGGACAUUUUGCCAUCGUCAAACGGGCCAAGCAUGUCUUCACACAGGAGCAGGUGGCGGUGAAAAUCAUCGACAAGGACAAUCUGGACAUUGAAUCGCGCGAGCACAUGAUGCAAGAGGUUCGCUGUAUGAAACUGGUGCAACAUCCGAACAUUGUCCGUCUCUACGAGGUGAUUGACACGCAGACAAAGCUCUUUCUCAUCCUCGAGCUCGGCGACUACGAUAUGCACGAUUUCAUCUUGAAGUACGAGGAAAAGGGAUGCCCCGAGCCACUCGCCCAACAAUACUUCAGCCAAAUUAUCAAAGCCAUCAGCUACUGCCACAAAUUGCACGUCGUACAUCGAGAUCUCAAGCCGGAAAACGUGGUGUUCUUCGAGCAAUUGGGCAUGGUGAAGCUGACAGAUUUCGGCUUCUCGAACAACUACGAGCCGGGCACCCAAUUGAAGACGUCAUGUGGCAGUCUCGCCUAUUCAGCGCCAGAGAUUCUCCUCGGUGAUGCCUACGAUGCGCCGGCUGUCGAUGUGUGGUCGCUGGGCGUUAUCCUGUACAUGCUGGUGGUGGGUCGAUUGCCGUUUCAAGAGACGAACGACUCGGAGACGCUCACCCGCAUCUUGGAUUGUCGAUUCACACUGCCCGACACGCUGUCGCCGGCUUGUCGAAACCUGAUCGCCCGGAUGUUGGUCCGAGAGGGGAAGAAGCGUGCCUCUCUGCCCGAGAUCUCCUCCAAUCCAUGGGUGCAACAGGGCGAUCGUGGCCACGCUGAGGCGAUUCCACUGAUCGAGCGUCACCAUCUGCCAGAAGAAGCACAUCAAACGAUCAUCGAUCAGAUGGUCCAGGGCCAUAUCGGGUCGGCCGAUUCGAUUCUCAACGCGCUGGAGAAUGACGACUACAACUACAUGUCAGCCACCUACUAUCUACUGGCCGAACGUGUACUCGCCGCCUGUCGCUUCGAAAAGGCGAAAGCCCUCACCGAGGAGAACAGGGAAAACUCGUUGCCCGAAGAGGACAUCAUUGAGAGCGCUGAUGCUCGUACGGGAGUGUUGCCCCAACAAUCGGCCACCACCGCCCAACGAUGUCGCAGCAGGAGCAACUCGUGGAGGGCGACCCGCCGUCCGUGUUCGAUUCUGAAGGAGGAGAGCGAAGAAGAGCUGAGCACGUACUACCGUAGCAGCAGUCGUCACAGCAGUCGGAAUUCCUCCCCUGCGAUGUCAAUGUUUGGCGGAAGUGUACGCGAUCGUCUCUCCCCACAGUAUGCCCACGGGAUUCAGGAUCUGCUGGAGGUGGUGAAACCGAUGCGUCGUGCCGCAUCUCCAGAUAGUGUCCGAAGCAGUCGAUCACCAUCACCACCCGCAUCGAGCAGUGGACGAACAUCACCAUCAAUGUCGAGCCUGUCGCUGUCCCGCUUCAAGACGUCGUGUACAAUCGGUGGAAUGCGAAAGCUGUCGUCAUCUCCACAUUUAUUGGGUAUCUGCGAAGAGGGCGAAGAAUUGAUGGACAACAGCCAAUCAUCAUCAUCACCUGGCCAUCAUCAUCAUCAUCAAGGAGGGGGCAGUGGUGGAACGAGUGGACAUUCAUCUCUUCUACUACACACCAACAAUGAUGCAACACAACCACCAACCCCUAGGGCCAAUCGUUCCGCUUCGACAGGAUUGGUCAUUGUGGGCCCUCGGCAUCGUCUCAUCUCAUCAAAGAGUGCCGGUCAACAACCCACAUACAGUUCGGUUCGAAUGAUUCGCCCCCGACAAGCGAUCGUCUCUCCAGAUGUAUUGAGAAGAUAUGAGAGUCCGAAGGGAGCAGCAUCAGCCGAUGGAGCACGAGAUGAGGGAGCACGAGAUGAGGGAGCACGAGACGAAGAGCCGCCACUCACAGCCAUCCUCCCCUCCACAUCCACCCAGCCACCACCGCCACGAUUCUUUCUACAGAACAGUCGACGAUCUACCAGCUGUUCAUCAUCAGAAGCAUCCGACGAUGAGGAACGGAAUCGAGCCCGUCUUCUGAUGGAAGGAGGAGAAGCCAUGAUGAUGAUGAUGAUGAUCACCGACAAGGCGGCAGCACAAUGGGCGGUGGACGGAUGCGCGCGGCCGGAAAUGGAUCAACCCGUCAACAAUGCAGCCGCACUUGCCCAACAGGAGAGUCUCUCAUCGUCGAGAAGAACAUCCAUCGAGCAAGACGUGACAAACGAACGACUACGCUCAACAACUGAUGACGCUGAAUGUAGCACGCACGAUUCGACAGAGUCGUCGUCCCUGCAGAAGAAGAUGUUCCCUUCACGACAGCCAGAAGAUCCCCUCAAAAUGACGCGAAACAAGCGAGAACAAGUCAAGCGGAUGCUUUCGUCGCAAUUCGCUUCCACUUCAUCAUCGCUAUGGCCGGAUCUAGCGACCGUGCAGAUGGCUGUACUGGCGCAAGAUGGUGACGAGGCCGUGCGGAAACUGGCGACCCGCCGGCCGGCUGCUACGAGGGCGGCGUUACGUGGUGGAUGGCGCAUGAUGGUGACGAGGCCGAGCGGACAGUGGCUACCCGCCGGCCGGCUGCUUGGAGGGCGGCCUUACGUGAUGGAAUUCUCGGACGUGACGAUCGUGAUUGGCGCGGUCUUGGUCAACCGCAUGAUGCUGCCGGUCAGGCCUGUGUCGUGGGAAGCGACAUCCUCCCUGCUGACUGCUGCUGGUUAUCGACCCACACCAACAACGCGCGAGAUUUUUGCUAUAUGCCUCCCUCAAGGACUCUUGCAGCUACAAAUCGAAUUUUCACGCGCCCUGGAACGAGCCCUUGACGAGCGACGUCCGGUACAACCAUACCUUAUCGACGACACGUGCGCCCAGCCACACAUCGAGUGGCCAAUGAGGAUCUUUUACUUCUUAUUCCGCUCCCUCCAUGUGGGCGCCCUUCCCACAACGGAAAAGUGGCACGAGAUGCUCGACGAAAAUGGAUUUAUGGUCGGCCAAAAUCGCGAAUUCGCGCUUGCUACGGAGCAAUGGGGCAGUGCGGAUUAUGAGGUGUGCCUGGCCACCGUCUUCACAAGCUUCGAGGCGUUGCGCAAC